ACUCUGCACUUGAGGGGUUUGGUACCAGCACCCCGCCCAGAGCGGUGCCGCUGCCCAAAUCCUUGCAGGCAACUCAUCAAGGCACUCGCAGCCCCGGGUAGAGGCCCGACCAGGGGGUGUCUGUGUGUCCGUCUGCAGGCGGCCUGCGGGUGGCACCUCUCCCUGCCGCGGCCCGCCGCCCCCCCCACCCCUCCACCGGGAGCCCCACCCAGCCAGGAGCGCAGCUCUCCCGCACAGCGCCGGAGCUCAGCAUGCGUCCCGCCGCCUUCAGGAACUUCUUGCUGCUGGCGUCCUCCCUUCUCUUUGCGGGGCUCUCAGCUGUUCCUCAGAGCUUCUCACCAUCUCUGAGGAGUGCGACUGGUGCCGCGUGCAGGCUGUCCCGGGCUGAGUCGGAGCGCAGGUGCCGGGCUCCAGGGCAACCCCCAGGGGGCGCUCUGUGCCACGGCCGCGGCCGGUGCGACUGCGGGGUCUGCAUUUGUCACGUGAACGAGCCCGGCGUGUACUUCGGGCCCCUGUGUGAGUGCCACGAGUGGGUGUGCGAGACCUACGACGGGACCACCUGCGCAGGCCAUGGUAAGUGUGACUGUGGCAAGUGCAAAUGUGAGGAAGGUUGGUUUGGGGAUGCGUGCCAGUACCCAACUCACUGUGACUUGACGAAGAAAAAGAGUAACCAGAUGUGCAAGAAUUCUCAAGAUGUCAUCUGCUCUAAUGCAGGUACAUGUCACUGUGGCAGGUGUAAGUGUGAUAAUCCAGAUGGAAAUGGCCUCGUUUAUGGUAAAUUUUGUGAGUGUGACGAUAGAGAAUGCAUAGACGAUGAAACAGAAGAAAUAUGUGGAGGCCAUGGAAAGUGUUACUGUGGAAACUGUUAUUGCGGGUCUGGUUGGCAUGGAGAUAAAUGUGAGUUCCAGUGUGAUAUCACCCCCUGGGAGAGCAAGCGAAGAUGCACGUCUCCAGAUGGCAAAAUCUGCAGUAACAGAGGGACUUGUGUGUGUGGCGAGUGUUCUUGCCACGAUGUUGACCCAACCGGAGACUGGGGAGAUAUUCACGGGGACACCUGUGAGUGUGACGAGAGGGACUGUAGGGCUGUCUAUGACAGAUACUCUGAUGACUUCUGUUCAGGUCAUGGGCAGUGUAAUUGUGGAAGAUGUGACUGCAAAGUAGGCUGGUAUGGGAAAAAGUGUGAGCACCCACGUUCCUGCCCACUGUCAGCAGAGGAGAGCAUCAGGAAGUGCCAAGGAAGCUCCGAUCUGCCUUGCUCUGGAAGGGGUAAAUGUGAAUGCGGCAAGUGCACCUGCUACCCUCCAGGAGACCGCAGGGUGUACGGCAAGACGUGUGAGUGUGAUGACCGCCGCUGUGAAGACCUGGAUGGCACCGUCUGUGGGGGCCAUGGAACAUGCUCCUGCGGUCGCUGCGUGUGUGAGAGAGGCUGGUUCGGGGAGCUCUGCCAGCACCCGCGGAAGUGUAACAUGACGGAGGAACAAAGCAAGAGUUUGUGUGAGUCAGCGGACGGCAUACUGUGCUCCGGGAAGGGUUCUUGCCACUGUGGAAAGUGCCUUUGCUCUGCGGAAGAGUGGUAUAUUUCGGGAGAACUCUGUGACUGUGACGACAGGGACUGUGACAAGCACGACGGCCUCAUUUGCACAGGGAAUGGAAUCUGUAAUUGCGGGAACUGUGAGUGCUGGGAUGGAUGGAACGGAAAUGCGUGUGAAAUCUGGCUUGGCACAGAGUAUCCUUAACAGUUACAUGGGAGAGGACUGGAGUCUUUACUUUUCCAUUAGAACAAUAUAAAUGCAAAGGCAACCAUGUAUAAUCACCACUAGGACAGGUCAAAGAGACUAUUGUAUGUUUUUCUGUUUCUGAAUGCCUGCAUGAAGUCUGGGUCCCCAUUAAAAAAUGAAUUAAGCAAAGUCUGAUGUAAAUAAUGCCAGAAAAAAUUUCUCUUCCAGAAUUCACAUCAGUGGUUCUCAACAAGGGUGACUUUGCCAUCCGGAAAACACCUGGCAAUGUAUACAGUUUCAGUUGUCACACCGAGU